AUGGGCGCCCGAGACCUUUUUGACCUUCGAGAAUCAGUAGGAAAUCAAAAUGACAACCAGUGGAGGCUGGCUAAGCACGUGAUCGCCACCACCGCCGGUGAGACCUCAAACCUCAUGUUUUCUCCGGCGUUGAUCAAUGUUAUCCUCAGCUUUAUCGCAGCCAAGUCUCCCGGAGCCACCGAAGAAAAGAUUCUCGCUUUACUACAAGCUUCUUCCACCGAUGAGCUUAACGCUGUGUGCUCCAAGAUAGUAACCAUGGUCCUUGCCGACAGCACAGCAACUGGCGGACCAAUGAUCUCGGCAGCGAAUGGUGUCUGGAUUGACAAGUCUCUCACUGUCGAGCAGUCUUUCAAGAAUCUCUUGGAGAUUUCGUAUAAGGCUGCUUUCAACCAAGUUGACUUUCGCACUGAGGCUGAUGAAGUGUGUGAAGAGGUGAAUGCAUGGGUUGAAAAGCAGACAAAUGGGCUCAUCACUAACCUCCUUCCACCAAAGUCUGUGUCUCCUUUGACUGAUUAUAUAUUUGCUAAUGCCUUGUUCUUCAACGGAAGAUGGGACAGAGAGUUUGAUCCAUCGCUUACCGAAGAUUCAGACUUCCACUGUCUUGAUGGAACCAAAGUACGUGUGCCCUUCAUGUCCGAUGACGUCUUCGGUUACCAUAUCGAUGUCUACCCAGGUUUCAAGGUCCUCAAUCUACCUUACAGACAAGGAAGUGACAGGGAAGAAGACGGUCGUGGUUUCUCGAUGGAUAUCUAUCUCCCUGAUGACAAAGAUGGGCUACCUGCAAUGCUUGAGACGUUAGCUUCCACUUCUGACGACGAGGAGAUUCCUAGCCACUGGGCAGAUUUAAAAGAGCUUAAGAUUCCAAGGUUUAAAUUUGGUUUUGACUUUGAAGCAUCGGAAGCUCUGAAAGGUUUGGGGUUGAAUCUACCAUUGGAGACUAUCGUCCACAAGUCUUGCAUUGAGGUUGAUGAAGUGGGAUCCAAAGCUGCAGCUGCUGCUGCUGUAAUCGGCGUUGGCGCUUGUGGUCCUGCGGAGAAGAAGUAUGAGUUCGUGGCUGAUCAUCCUUUUCUCUUCCUUGUUAAAGAAUGGAGAAGUGGAGUGGUUCUGUUCCUUGGCCAAGUUCUUGAUCCUUCUAUGCAUUAA